AUGGAGAAUCCAGUUGCUAUUGCCGCAAAUUCCCAGAAUCCUGUCCGCGCGAACAACGAUCAAGCCCACCUUCUGCCGAGGGGAACCCGCAUCUAUGCAUCAAAGCAGGUUGACAUCCACCCCCUCUUGGACCGCUCGGUGUCUCUCGACUACCUCCUUAUCAACACCGACCGAUGGAAUGGUCUCGAAACGGUCCCGAUCAGAGAAGCUAUUGCUCGGAUGCACGGCGGGUGUGGAAGGGAUUGCGAGCUCAUCAUGAACACAACCAGAGUAUCCACCCAUAACCCGAUCCAGGGUCUUCGACAAAGACUCGAGACAGUCCUCAAAGCCAAGAUUGAGGGUCUCCCUCUCCCCGCCCUCCCAUCGAGGGCAGAGAUCCUUGCCCACGGCUACUGUCACCCCAAAGACGAGAUUGACGGGAGGAUUGCCAGUUUGCUUGCGCCGCUUCGACUUGGGCACCUUCUCUCAGUCGAGACGUACCAUGAGAUGACCGAGAGGACCAACGCUCCUGCUUCCGACGUGACCACCCCUCAAGCCGAGCGCAUUGCUGAGCCGGAAGACGAGCUUCAACGGUUAGAAACGAAGUGGCAGGCCGUCUGGGUGCUCUCGAGCAAGACCAACAGCAGGUUACCUCGGACUCAACAGAGCAUCGACAAAGCCAAACAGGAGUCCGCGACUGCGCUAGUCCAUGAACUGGCCAAACUCAACUCACGCGUCGACGACAACAUUCGAAGCAUUGAAAGCGCCACCGAGCAGGUCAAGGCUAUGCAGACGAUGAUUACCACAAUUAGGAUCCGCAAGUCUAGGUGUCCAACCUACCAGCGCGCCCGAGGAAUGGCCGAGGCCGGGAUCCCGCGAGCGCGGCUAGAGCAACAUCGACACCGGCGAAGAGGAGCGACUAAGCAAGCGCGGUGGGGGGGUGUUGUUAAGACUGGCGGUCUCGACGGACAGGACGCUACUGGCAGCAACCACGGCCUCCAGCCCUACCAGCUCAUGUUGCAUAACCAGCAGAAUCGGAAACGGCUCAUGAUGGCUCGUCAGAAGCAGGGCCUUGUCACCAUCAGCAACACGCUGCGGAUGGUCGGGGUUCCAUAA